AUGGCUUCGUUUGCAGAAGCUCCCGCAGGAGACGUCGCCAAGGGCGCGAAGAUUUUCAAGACGAAGUGCGCGCAGUGCCACGUCGCAGAACCGGGGGGAGGACACAAACAGGGACCAAACUUAGGAGGCCUUUUCGGUCGCGUUUCCGGCACCACGGAAGGUUUCUCCUACUCCGCGGCGAACAAAAACAAAGGCGUCAAGUGGGACGAGACGACGUUGUACGACUACUUGUUGAACCCGAAGAAGUACAUUCCAGGGACGAAGAUGGUUUUCGCCGGCUUGAAGAAACCGCAAGACAGAGCCGAUCUGAUCGCGUAUUUGAAAGACAGCACCAAGUAA